GCACUGACACACUCACGUAGGCUCCGGUCCCUGAUCCCCGGACUGACUCCCUCCAGCCCCGCCGUGCUCUCCCCUGCCGGCUCCUCGUCACCCUCCGCCGCUUCCAGGUGGGGGUUGUCUUUUUCCAACAUCACGACCACGACCCCGGACGAUUCGUCACACACAGCGGGGACCAGACAGCCCACUUCCCGGGUUUCCUGAGUCAGGUCCUAAUUAUCUGCAGCCCCCCCCCCCCCCAACUAACAGAAGAUCGCAGAAGGGGACACUGGAGGGACCCCGACUGAGGGACCAAUGGAGGAGAUCGGGGAGGAUCUGAACCUCUCCUUUCUGCUGGAACAUGAAAGAGAGAUGAUCCUGAAGGUGCUGCAGAAAGACGAGAAACUGAGGAAACGAGAGGAGAAGAGGAUACGGAAGUUGAAGAAUGAGCUGCUGGAGAUCAAACGGAAAGGCUCGUGUCGACCGCACGAGCUGGGGGAGCGGCAGUGCGCUCGCUGCCUGAAGAACUUGGGUCUGAUUUUUGACCGUGGAGAUCUGUGCGACGAAUGUCAGAUGCGCGUGUGCAGCGAGUGCCGCGUUAAGGCUCCCACAUCUCGGAAUUGGAAAUGCAACGUCUGUGCCAAGAUCUCGGAGCUGAAGGUGGUAACAGGAGAAUGGUUCCUCGAGGAGCGGUCCAAGCGCUUUGAGCAGGAAGUGGCGUGCAGCGAUGUGAUCAAACACACGAUCAUUAGCAGCCCCAUUAUUUCUUUAAAAAAGUCGACAGAAAACCUGUCGGCCGCAUCAGAAUCAGAGCGAGCCGACACUCCUAAAUCCAAGAGAACUGGAAUGCUCAGGAAAGGAAGGAAGAUGGAUAAAAAAGGCACCCGAUCGACCUUAAAGCCAGAGAAUGGAGUCGACAGUCCAAGUCCUAAAUCCCUGUCAGAUGGAGAUGCUCAGAGCCUACUCAGUGUUCGCUCGUCUACCACUCUACAUACAAAUAGGGGCGCUGCGUUGGCCUUGGAGUCCUCAGGAUUGCCCACGGUCCCUAACAACCUGCGAUCCCAGCCUGCAGACCGAUCUCAAACUUCCAACGACAACCGGAGGGUCAGGCCUGAUGGAGCGGAGAGUGUGGCCAGUUUACACUCCAGUGACAGCACACCUGAGAAAAAAGCACCUGCGUACUACAGGAAGUCUUCAGGCGCCCCGACCAUUUCUGUGUCCAAGGCUUCGGUGUCAUCAGAUCUCAGUCGCUCAGAGAUGGACCUGUCAGCUCCUGGAUCUGAACCCAGUGACGACGCCCUCAAUCUCAGAAGGCAUUCAAUCGGGCUCACCGAAACAGACUUUACUGAUGAGGAAACAGAGGAAGACAUUGAUGCUCUCAUGUCAGCCCACGGGAAGUCUGCGAAACAACGCCCCAGUAUCGACAUGUCAAUGUCUUCCACUCCCGGCUCAGUCAGAAGGUGGGGACACCUCAAUGUCCCCGACUCGGACGCUGAGACCAGUAGCAUAAACAGCAUGUUGAGCAUGUACAGUGAAUCCGGUGACUAUGGCAACGCCAGGGUGAGCGGCGAGAUCCUGCUGAAGAUCAGCUACAGCUACAAGACCGGAGCUCUCAACGUCUUGGUGAGGGAGUGUCACAACCUGGCAACCGGAGACGAGAAGAGGCAACGCACCGACGCAUACGUGAAGACUUACCUGCUGCCAGAUAUGUCACGACAGAGCAAGAGGAAGACGAGCGUCAAGGCCAACAGCAUCAGCCCUGUUUUCAAUGAGAAUCUGAGGUACGUGAUCAGCCACUCGCAGCUGGAGACGAGAACCCUGCAGGUCUCCGUGUGGCACCACGACCGCUUCGGGCAGAACAGCUUCCUGGGAGAGGUGGAGCUGACCUUUGACUCCUGGGAGUUUGACACCCAAAUAGAGGAGUGGUACGCUCUCCAGCCCAAGGUGGAGAGCAGCGUGGACUCCACAAUGCCGUACAAAGGAGAACUGACAGUCGUGUUAAAGUACAUUCCUGGAGAGAAGAACCUCAUGCCUCUAGAUGAAGUACCAGUGAAGAAAGGGUUCCUGAAAAGCAAGAAGGCAGCCAGCUUCACUCUGCCUGAAGGGGGCAUGGUCGAGCUGCUCGUCAAAGGAGCAAAGAAUCUCACUGCCGUCAAGUCUGGAGGCACUUCAGAUCCUUUUGUGAAAGGAUACCUCCUUCCUGACAACAACAAGUCCACUAAGCACAAGACAGCGGUGGAGCGACGCACUGUGAACCCCGUGUGGAACCACACCUUCACCUACUGCGGCCUGCAGCCAGGAGACCUCAACAACGUGUGCCUGGAGCUCACCGUGUGGGACAAAGAAGCCCUGGCCAGCAAUGUCUUCCUGGGGGGAGUGAGGCUAGGAGCUGGGUCAGGCAAAAGUUACGGGAACGAGGUGGACUGGAUGGACUCAUUCGGGGAGGAGCAGCGUCUGUGGCAACGCAUGAUGGAAAACCCACAAGCCCCUCAGGAGUGUACUCUGAUGCUGCGAUCGAGCAUGGGCAAGUGCCACACAUGAGUCCCGCCUGAACGCACAGACCAGAGGAGUCUGAAGAGAGUAACAGAGAGGGGAGAAGAAAGAAAGAGUGAGGUGAAGGUGUGAGUGUAAGAGCUGGAAAAAGUGGAAUGGUCAAAAAAAAAAAAAACACAACAUCGACUCAAAUACUCAUAAAGGAACAACGACCGUCCUCUUAUCUCUGCGUCUCUCUCCCGUGUUUAGAUCCCUCUUCUUCUAGUCUCAAACAGCCAGUCAUGCCUUACACUCUCAUCCACAUGUGCCCCCCCCCUUUGCCCUUUCAAAAUAUCCAAUUUUGAUCAAGCAUUGCUGUUUACUGCUGUAUGUGAAGAUGAUGUUGUGUAUUACCCACUGAAUAAGCACACAGUGUGUGAGUCCUGAUGUUCCAUCCUCGUCCCCUGUGAUUCAUGCAUCAGAGUCGUGUCUACAUGUGGAGCUGCUGUCAGACAUCGGAUCAGAGACUCUGACUGAAACGCGCCCUUUAUAUCAACCAUGCUGCUUCCUGGUUAAAGCACAUGACGCUGAGAUCCAUCCCCCAUUUAAACAGCCGAGGUGGAGAGUGACUGGUUCUUGAACUCUGAAUGAACUCAAUUUUGACCAAGUGUUGGGUACUAAAGUGAAUUUAUAAUCAUAGCACUUUUUGGAGACUUGAAUUAGUAAUAUCCCAUUUUCAUCCCAUUUUCUAGCAAUGGCUAGUUAAAUUCUAAUCUCAGAACCUCAUGACUUUUCUAGCCUCUGGCAGCGACAGCCAGCUCUUCAAGGCGGUCAUACAAUCAACAUUUAUAUGAUGGAUUGACAUGAUAUUUGGUAAACAAAUUUAUAUAUUUCCCCCAAGAGUAAAUGAAAGAAAUGUAGCUCGUGAUUUUACGGAUGUUCCUUUUGCGCUUUGAUCAGAUCACGAUUUGAAUGUGUUCAAUGCUUUGGUGAAGAACAAAAAGUCUAAGGAUAUUCCCUAGCUUGUGUUAAAAAUGCUAAAAGUGAAUUUGUUACCAGGUUUAUCUAAGCUGGUGAACCUGCAAAAUAUCAGUUCCUUAUGAGUAUGUUAGCAUGCUGAUGUAAGCGAUUAGAACUAAAUCUUAUUUUGGCCGUAACAAAAAUUCAAAUCUAAAAAAUAAAUGCUUCUGAAGAAAAUUGAAAGUAAUUUUCGAGCAUUGCAUUGGGUUCAUUGACCCUCCUGAAGGCCAUAGUUCUGCUAAUUUUAAAUACCCGUUGCAUGUAAUGGUCGUCUACAUUUCCUAUCAUUAGUUGGACCAUGCUAAUUUAUUUGGAAGAAAAAAUGAGUUAGGAAUAUCUGAACGUUUGCAACUUAAUUUUUUCUUUAUUUCCGUUGUGUACUGUGCAACACCCUCCCUUGAUGAACCAUCCUAUGUUGUAAUGGUUCAACUUAAAAGUUGAUGGAAACAUUGGGCCUGUCACUGGUUUGUGAUCGAGGCUCCAAUCAUCUUAAAGAGAGCAGUUCAAGAACCAGAGCCGAUGUGGUGGAUGGACACUAAUAUAAGCCGUAAGCAUGGCUGCAGAUUCAUGUUGUUACUUUAUUAAUGAAAAGAAAAUUUUUCUUUUUUUUCUGUUUAUUGACUAAUCAUUGAAAUCAUCUAAGUGUAAGUACUAGACAGAUGUACUUGCAGUAGAAAAAAAAAGUCUUGACCGUGUACACAUUUAGAGUAGCUUUUAAAUGUACUUUAACAUAGCACUGUAUCAGUGUAAUAAUAGAAACUGCAUGGUUUUAAUGAAAUAAUGUUAGAAGAACAAAAAGGUUGUAUUAAGCACUGAUAAUGACAUCACUUAAACGCAAGAGGAGGAGGUGUGAACCUUGAGACAGCGGUUAUGUGUUAGAGUGAGUCAGCACUGAGCGUUUCAUCUCAGGGCGAGCGUAAUAAUGAGUCAGUGACAGUAACCUUGUCCCUGUCGCUCCGAGCUCUGCGAUCCACCACCCUGCGAUGAUUCAGAAACAAUACUGAAGUUAAUACCCUGUACAAUUGGGUUUUUUUUGUUUUUCAUGAAAUGCCACUUUUGUCUGCUUGUCUUUGGCCUCCCUUACGCUCUGAAACUUCAACAGCUUCAAGAGUUUCUCGUCGCACAAUUGGAUAAAAAAAAUAUACACAGUGUCGACUGUCCAACAUCCUUUAGAUGAGAGGCUCGUGCAAUACCUGAUUACCUGAAGAAACUCUUGAUGUACAGCAUGUACUAUCUCUGUAGUGUCUGGUUUCAAAAGCAUCGAUCACUAUGUAUUCAAGUCUUUUCAUCCCAAAUGUGUUACAGGAAUAUUUUCAAAUAAAUACAUCUUUCCAUAGA